GGAAGCGAUUCUAACUUUCCAGAAGUUUCUCGGGACAGGAGGGAGGGGGUCUGGGCUUCCAUAUAUAGAUUCCGGGAGCGGGGAGCGGGCGGCUAGUAGAAUCGAUCCGCCGUGCCGAGCCAGACUCCGACUGCCGUCCGUCCGUCCCGGCGCCAGCUCAGCCCGGCCCAGCCUUCACAGGUCUGCGGUGGCACACGUGACGCUUGUUCCAGCCAUGCGCUCCCUCCUGCUCCUCAGUACCUUCUGCCUCCUGGCCUUGGCUGGGGUCCUGGCGGCCGAGGUGAAGAAACCCGCAGCUGCAGCCGCUCCCGCGCCGCGGAGGAGCUGAGCCCCCAGCGGCGCCGCGGAGAAGCUGAGCCCCAAGGCGGCCACGCUGGCAGAGCGCAGUGCCGGCCUGGCCUUCAGCCUGUACCAGGCCAUGGCCAAAGACCAGGCGGUGGAGAACAUCCUGCUGUCGCCCGUGGUGGUGGCCUCGUCGUUGGGGCUCGUGUCGCUGGGCGGUAAGGCAGCCACGGCGUCUCAGGCCAAGGCGGUGCUGAGCGCGGAGCAGCUGCGCGACGAGGAGGUGCACGCUGGCCUGGGCGAGCUGCUGCGCUCGCUGAGCAACUCCACGGCGCGCAACGUGACCUGGAAGCUGGGCAGCCGCCUGUAUGGGCCCAGCUCGGUGAGCUUCGCGGAGGACUUCGUGCGCAGCAGCAAGCAGCACUACAACUGCGAGCACUCCAAGAUCAACUUCCGCGACAAGCGCAGCGCCCUGCAGUCCAUCAACGAGUGGGCGGCGCAGACCACCGGGGGAAAGCUGCCCGAGGUCACCUCCGACGUGGAGCGCACUGACGGCGCCCUGCUCGUCAACGCCAUGUUCUUCAAGCCUCACUGGGAUGAGAGAUUCCACCACAAGAUGGUGGACAACCGUGGCUUCAUGGUGACCCGGUCCUAUACUGUGGGUGUCACAAUGAUGCACCGGACAGGCCUCUACAACUACUAUGAUGAUGAGAAGGAGAAGCUGCAGAUUGUGGAGAUGCCCCUGGCCCACAAGCUGUCCAGCCUCAUCAUCAUCAUGCCCCACCACGUGGAGCCCCUUGAGCGCCUCGAGAAGCUGCUGACCAAGGAGCAGCUGAAGACCUGGAUGGGCAAGAUGCAGACCAAAGCCGUUGCCAUCUCCCUGCCCAAGGGUGUCGUGGAGGUGACCCAUGACCUGCAGAAACACCUGGCUACGCUGGGCCUGACCGAGGCCAUCGACAAGAACAAGGCAGACCUGUCACGCAUGUCGGGCAAGAAGGACCUAUACCUGGCCAGCGUGUUCCAUGCCACCGCCUUCGAGUUGGACACGGAGGGUAACCCCUUUGACCAGGACAUCUACGGGCGCGAGGAGCUGCGUAGCCCCAAGCUGUUCUACGCUGACCACCCCUUCAUCUUCCUGGUGCGAGACACCCAGAGCGGCUCCCUGCUGUUUAUUGGCCGCCUGGUUCGGCCCAAAGGCGACAAGAUGCGAGACGAGUUGUAGGGCCCCGGGUGGGCGCAGGGUGGCAGGAGGCGGCUGAAGGCUCCUGAGACACAUGGGUGCUAUUUGGGGGUUAGGGGAAGAUAACCAGCCUUGGGUAUUCCACGGGGUGGGGGUGGACAUACAGACCAGGGUUCCCAUGGAUCUGAGCGGACCUUCCAGCUAGAAUUGAUUCCACUUGGACAUGGGCCCCAACAAUCAUGAUGCCGAUCCCAGAGACCCCACGUCCUGUGGGCCUGGGCUAUAGUCAUCCUCCUCGCCUUUAAGUCCUCCAGCGAGCCUGCCUCAAUCAGUGUUCAUAUUUAUAGCAGGAACGUUCAUCCGGGAGACAAAAUCGAGCCGGGGGUUCAGCCCAGCCCUCUUCUCACGCUGCCACCACCUCAGCCCCAUUUCUGCUCUAUCCCGACCUCCCCCAACUAUACAACUAGGUGCUGCAGCCCUGGGGACCAAGCACGAGCCCUGGCCCCAGCAAGGAGGUGGGAUGAAGCUUAUAGGAGGGGUUCCUGGCUGUGUUCAAGAAUCCCUACAGCAGGCAUCGUGGGGAGGAAGUUUUUGUCUUUGUUUGUCCUAGUUUAGUUUUUCAAAGGAGGGAGGAAAGCCAGAACUUGAGCCUUUGUUGCUGUCAACCAAGAACUUAUUUGUACAAAUUUUUUUUUUUCAAUAAAACUUUUCCAAU